GCGCGUCGCUCCCCCUCUUCCCGCCCGCGCUCCGCUGCCAUGGAGUGAGCGGCCAUGGAGCUGAGGAGGUCCAUCGCGGGCAGCGCCGGCACCGACAGAUCCAUGCGGCGCUACGGGGCCGUGGAGGAGACCGAGUGGAAGGCGGAGGCGCUGGGGAGAAAUCAACUUGACAUCAUUUCAAUGGCUGAAACAACAAUGAUGCCUGAGGAAAUUGAGCUUGAGAUGGCAAAGAUCCAGAGACUUCGUGAAGUCUUAGUCAGAAGAGAAUCAGAACUCAGGUUUAUGAUGGAUGACAUCCAGCUGUGCAAAGACAUUAUGAACCUUAAGAAAGAGCUGCAGAGUCUGGUAGCAAUCCCAGAAAAAGAAAAAACAAAGAUGGAGAAACAACGAGAGGAUGAACUGAUUCAGAAGAUCCAUAGACUGGUACAAAAAAGAGAUUUUCUUGUAGAUGAUGCGGAGGUGGAGAGAUUACGAGAAAAAGAAGAAGAUAAAGAGAUGGCUGAAUUCCUUCGCACCAAGUUAAAACCCUUAGACAAAGCAACACAAUCUCCUACCAGCAGCCCAGCAGAGAAGAAGGCAGAACCUCCUCCAAGCAAGCCAACCAUUGCCAAAGCAGGAUUGGCCAUUAUUAAAGAUUGUUGUGGGGCCACACAAUGCAACAUCAUGUAGCUCCGGGCUCUCUGCCGUGUCUGUCUUUUCAGAUGUUUUCAUGGAAUGAAACUGUAGGGCGAGGGGAACAAACAGCAUCCUGCUAAUGGACUCAAGAGCAACAGGAACAACAGUAACAUACGGAAUGUACAAUGGCAGGUUCUUCACUGUUGCAUGGAUCACUCAACACGCAUGCCUAAAACCAAGAGAAAUCUAUAUAGUGGCUGUCCAAUGCCCAGAAAAGAUCUUUAGUAGAGUCAAACACACCCCACUGAUAAAAGUGAAUGAAAGGAGGCUCCGUUUCAUCCAGUAAGGUGUAAACCACCAAUUUUAAUAUGCCAUCACUUUCUAAGAAUUCGUUGUACACUUUUCCCUCUUGACAAAGGGCACUCAGAAAGAGCUGAAGGAUCCCAUUGUGGCUACUUUUCAAAACAAAACCCAGAAGUAGCAAUGCUGUAUAUAGUGCAACUGCUAGAUGAAGCAACCUUAGGGUAACUGAUGUUGCAUACAAAAUAGUUUUCUAACUAGUGUGACAUUCAACUACUUUGCUGUGGAGUUUCACUUCAGUUCUUCCUAAAGAAUGAGGAUCAGUGACAAGGAUGCCGCAAGUAGAGAGAUUUUUCUAUCCCAUAUGAUUUCUGAAGUACUCAAGCCGAAUAUUGUUCGCCCCAGGGAAAAUAAAUCUCUGGUAAAGCUUUACAAGCACAGCUACAGGAAUCUGCAAAAAGAUGUAUUCCAAAGCUGUGUCAUUUCUUUAUAGAUCUCCACCUCACACAGAGUCAGAAAUAUUCACCAAGAAAGUUUUGACUGUUAGUAGAAAUUAUAUGCAGUAUGAGAUUACGUAUCACUGGUAGGUUGCUGGGAGGAGAAUGGAAGACAAACAAAACUUAACUAAAACAAUGGUUAAAACAACUAUUAAUUGCAUAUUUCAUGACCAUAAGAAAUGUGAACUAUCAAGUACAGGAAGGCAUUAGCCACCUAAGACAAACUGACCACAAGACAAAUACACAAAUACAUAAGUAGAUAUUUGUGGUAGGAAGAUCACAUUGUACACUAAAUGGGUUUAAAAUUAAGGGAAAUACAGAAAGACUUAUCUGUGUUUCAUUCUUAAAUGUGUUUCAGGUCACUACGCAGAUUAAGCCUUGUGGAAUCCAAUAUCUUUAUAGUAGCCGUCAGUAGCUGGUUUGUCUCUGUGAUGGUCCAUAUAAAUGUACUGUGAUAAGUGUAAAUAGUAAAAUAAAUGUACAUGGAUCUAAUGUGAAACUCAGGCGUAGAAGUAAUAGAGAGCAAAAAGUUCCUGAAGUAAUGUUUUUCAAGAGCAAGUUCCCUUUUGUGAAGCCAGCUAAGCGAAGCGUGCACUUGCAGACAAAGGGAUCUGGUAUAGGAAAGGAGAAAAAUAACAGCAGUUACCCAAAAAAACCCCAAUAAUAUUUUUUAGAUAAAGUAUCUCAAGGGUUUAGGAGAUAGACACCAUUUAAAGUAACUCAGACUAUUGUGCAAAUGAAACCUAAUCCCUAGCAUCAAGACUCUUGUGAUGAAGAACAUUUGUAAUCCCAGAAUAAUUUGUUUCAGUACUGCAGACUCAUUUGAGACCACCUACAGCGCUAAGUUCCUUCAGGCUUAAGGACCAAGGAGGAAAACCCAAAAGGCUUCCACUGAGACACGAAGCGCUUGAAUUACUCUGACCAAAGACGCAUGAAAGAGAACAAACACAUGCAGAGGCUGAAUAGUCAUCUAUAGUUCUGCAUCCUGGGUGAUACAUAAACCACCACAAGAAGUUCUGUAGCUGUUCCUCUCCACAGUAUCUGCUAUGGGGUGACUCUGGAGCACCCGCGGGCGGUAACAGUUGAUGGGAAACUGCUUGGAAGGGAGGACACAGCGGGGAAGAAAUGCCUACUGGCUUCUGCACAAUUCAUCAGCCUCUUGAAUUGGCCGGUACUGAAUUAAGAUAAUGGGGUUUAUCAGAACCUUUAGACAAAAGACAUCAUUAACACAAGCAGAUGGAAAUUAGGAAAAAAAACUGCAGCAAAGCACCAAACAAAGGCUCAGGAGAAUCCACUGUUGCAAACAGGUAUGGUGGAUGCUGGUAAGUAAAGGGUCCUGAGGAAGGACCUUUUGAAAGGCAAGAGGCUACUUUGGCACAUUACUGUUUAAAUGAGGCCGUGGGGAUGAUCAGAGCAAUCCCUGCAGGCUACACAAACUCCAAUCCCUUGGGAGGGAGAGUGAAAUCUGUAGAAUGCAGGCUUGUAAGAAAAAAAUUUGAUUAACAGGAAAUGGAGAUCGGAUGCAACACUCCUGACUGGGCUACAGAGCCCCCUCCUUUAAUUAAAAUGAAAAGGAGAAGACCAAGCAAGUGUGAAUAUGUAAUGUUCAUACAUAGUUCACACUGGUAGCCAGUGCCUCAAAGGGACUUGAAUCACAGCAGUAUUAAUGAGAGUGAACUUCAUUUUCAGAAGUGCUGGCUUGGCUCAGCUCAAAGGUUUUCUUUGUGCGAGUUUGUCUUGUUUUUAAUUAGCAAAUGCUUCAGUUCUGUUUUUAUUUGGGAGGGUUUGAACAGCUUGCCUGCAGCGGUCCCUCUAGAAGGGAGGUCAGUGAUGCUGCUUAGCAUGAAGUCCUGGAUAUUCUGAACACUGAGGCAAGAUUCUCAACUGCAUUCAACACUGGCUUACAGCAUUGUCCAUCCAGAACACAGCAGAGCCCUACUGGCUUCAGAGAUAAUGGUUGUAAUUAAACAAAUUAAACU